AAAUAUUUAGCAACAUUAACUAACACAUGAACGAAUUUCCACAUCUUCACUGCACAACUUCACUUGUUUCUAAGAUAAAUGAUAAACAAACAACAAAACAAGAACAUACAACCUAUUAUAAUAUCAAAAUUUUGAAGAACAUUAACAAAUGGCUUCCAUUAAGAUGUUGAAAGCCGGUUUAUAUCCCUUUUCGGGUGGUUCACAAACAUGUUUUCGUAGGAAUGAACUGUUUGGUUGCUCUGAUACAAGAAUUAUGGUUAAGUUGAAUUCAGCUAAUAAUAUGUUUAGAGUUGCUUGCACGAUUCGAAAUGGUGAUAAUAGCAAUAAUCAAAACAAUGGUGAAGAACCCCCAGAGUCUUUAUUUAUGAAAGAAUUGAAGCGACGGGGUAUGACUCCCACUUCAUUGCUUGAUGAAAACUGGACGACUUCCAAUGAGGAGAGUAUGUAUAAGGAAGACGAUGGGAAUAUUUCAAAUAGGAAUACUGUAAUAAACGAUCUUGAAAAAAGCCUACUCAAUCAAAGGGAGCAAUCCAUGGCCUUGAACAGCGAGGGCCUUGAGGGCUUGAUUCCACGUGCUAACAUCUUGCUAAGGCUUGGAGGAACAUUCUUCCUAGCAUUUUGGCCACUGAUACUUGUAAAUGUUGCUUUCUUCUCUGCUAUUUACCUUUACUUCGGACCAAAAUUUGUCCAUGAUGGUUCCACAAAACUGAUACAGCUACCUCAGUACAUCGAUCCAUAUACUCUUCUAGAAGAUGAACCGCUGUCCCAAACUUCACCAAUGUUAAAUUGAUGUGCAGUAAGAAUUUUCAUGCACAUCAGGUUCCUGUAAACUUGUUUGAAAAUACAUAUAUAUUUUGUUGUACUUUUCUGUUUUUCUUUUCAUUUUAGUUCUAAAAAUUAUGGUUAUGGUCGGCAAUCACUGCGCAAAUUUUAAACCUAUGGUCGAUAGAUGUCUCAUAUACUGCAUGGAAGAGUUGCAUCAUUUGACAGCUACAUCAUUCACAUUGCAAGUUUGGUGCUAAGAGUUUGUGUAACUGGUUACGGACUUCAUUCCAUGAAAGUGAAGAUAGUAAAUUAUAAAUGUAACUAGCUUUCUCAGUGUUCUUAUAUUCUACUACGUUGUUCCAAAAAGUUCUUUAUAUAUAAUAAAUCUCUUUGUCA